AUGCUUCGUGUGGCAGGUUCUGCGUAUCGCAGGAGGGAUAGACCAUCAGGGCUUCCUUCUACAGUUACAAAUGAAUAUCGAGUUGUAAAUAGUGAAGGAGAUAGAUAUGAUGGAUUAUCGCGGUUAAAUCUGAUUCUUACCAUUGUCCUGGGCCUUAUAAUUGAUGGCUUUGGUGAUAUAGCUGUGAUUGCCUCGUCAGCUGCAUGGCUUGAGAAAUACAAGGAACAUAUUAAGAAAUGCAUUAGUGAAAUUGAUAUGAUUAAGAGUAUAGUCUGGAGGCCAUCAACCGAUAUAUCGAAAGAAGAAGGGUUAGAUUUGGGUGAUCUUGUUCAAGAAGAGUUAUCGGGAUCUACCGAAAAGGUGAAGGUAAAAGAAUAUGAGACUCUUUAA